GUCCUCAUCAUGUUCGGCCCGUUCAAACCCAGUGCGCAGCUCUCUGUUGGGUUAUUAUGGAAAAUUCCAUGGCGACUCUCAUCGCCUCAAAAACAGCGACAACGGCGACGAUUACGACGCGUCGACAACGUGGUCGCCGUCCUCGAUAAUGCGCUACGGAAACAGACAGCGUUACUGUCUCAGACGCCGCUCGAAACGAAAGAGACGGUUUCUGCCAACGAAACACCAGAUCUCUCCGAAUCCAUUGGAACAGCCACUAGCGACGAACUUUCUACCACAGCAGAAGGGCAACGCCUUCUCGCCAAUUCAUCGCCGAAAAGCAAGGCAGUAUCUGAGAGACGGCACGGGAAAGGGCCAAAGCUGGGCGAUUGGGUCCCCGCAGCGAAUCCGGUCGGUGUGCCUGUACCGGGGAAAAUGCUGCUCAGAGAUGUCGUGAGAGAAACGGGCACGACCAAAUUGCUUGAGAGAUGGAAGGCUGAAAUGCCAACAGAAGCAGAAAUGCUGCCGAGGGACAAGUACAGCAUUUUUGACAAGAAAGUGAGAGGGUAUAGGAAGGGUGUGCAUAAACUGCCUAAAUGGACAAGAGUGAGCCAGAGAUUGAACCCACCAGGUUUCUAAGAGCAGAUAUGGUGGAUAGGAGUAUCCGCGGGGCGUUCGAGGAGUUCAUAAGCUGGACUGAAGGAAAAUACGGCCAAGAGCACGAGUCCUGAGAUGUGACUGCUGCCUCGAUACGGCAUUAUGUACAACAGGGAAAGCAGCAGCUGAAUCAUUGCGGUGGAUUAUACGUGAUCCAUCAUUCUGCACGGGCAUUCUGAGCCAGAACGAAGAUUAUCUGAGGCGUGAGCAGAUCAGGCAGCGCUGUCGCAUACUGACCGCGUUUCAUUACGGCAAGGCCAGGGCGGAGGCGAAGGCAAAGUACGAGCAACGAGCUCGAAUUUGAAGCCUGUGUCGUUGGGUUGUCGGAGGGUGGCGGUAAGGUGCAUGUAAUGUACCUCCUGAACACCUCGGAUCAAUUUUUGAAGCGCCAAGCCUAUCCUGCAACGCGACGCGAUCUGACGAGUCCGAGUCACAUACGUGCCUUACGACAACGGAUCUGGAGGUGAUAGGUUCUUUCUCGUGCAACAAAUGUACAAAAUGUCAGGUAGCUGGUACCAAGCAGCAACUACACGAUAAUAUCGAG